AAUUUUACGUCACAUGGCAUCUGGAUUGAAUUUGAAUGUGCGGAGCGAUGGUUUUGUGAAGGUUAAUGAUCUAUUGAAGCUGAAUAUGAAGACGUUUGCCAACAUUCCAUUAAAAUUGCAUACUAUCGAUGAAAUUAGGGAGGCCGUCCAAAGGGAUAACAAGCAGCGGUUUAGCCUUAUAGAAGAGAAUGGGGAGCUGUUAAUACGAGCUAACCAAGGCCACACAAUUACGGCUGUUGAGACCGAAAGCUUAUUGAAACCAAUCCUUUCAGCUGAAGAAAUUCCUGUCUGUGUGCAUGGGACCUACAGAAGAAACUUGAAUUCAAUUUUAGAAUCUGGUCUGAAGCGCAUGAAGAGAUUGCACGUUCACUUUUCAUGUGGUCUACCUACAGACGGUGAAGUAAUAAGUGGUAUGAGGCGGGAUGUCAAUGUCUUGAUCUUUCUAGAUGUUCGAAAAGCUUUGGAGGAGGUAUGAAGCUUUACAUUUCUGAAAACAAGGUGAUAUUGACAGAAGGUUUUGAUGGGGUUGUGCCAGCCAAGUAUUUUGAGAAGAUAGAAUCAUGGCCAAGCAGAC